CUUAAAGCGCUACGCUUAGUCCACAGUAAGUCUAAUUAACACACUAGGUUUAAAACAUGUUUAUACCAGCACCGUGGAACAUACCGACAUCUGACCUCAGCGUCCUUACACAAUUCUCCAAUUACCCUAUACAAUAAUAAGCCGAAGCGAUUAAUUUUAACUCCUAUUGUUUACCAUAACAAACCACGGCGUUAGUUUCCUAAAGACGCAAUUGUGUUUCGUGAGUCGUUGACGAAACAGACGGGAUUAUCUUACUGUUUCCCUCCUUUAGUUACUGUUUGUAGCCGGCUUACGUGUGGUGGUGACUCCACUAGGGAUAGAAACCAAUGGAUACACCAUAACACUGUUACCCUUACUCCAACAUGGCUGGCUACACUCUUCCGUCUUAGCUUCAAUUGUGCCUAUAAUGAUGUCUUCAAGAACAAGGAAACGUCUUAAGAAGUUGCCUGUCUUAAGGAUGAUGUCAGGACGAUCUUUAAGUCUGCUACUAUAGGUCUCUGAGAAAACAACAACAAGGUUACUAGAGGUCAUUAGAAAUUCAAGGUCAAGUUCGCUCUCCUGCCCAACAUGGCGGUGGCCCUCCCCAUCCACCCCACACAGUUUCCCGGCCUCAGGCGGAGUUCGAUAGAACUGCAGCGGGGGCUGCAGCGGACGUCACUGGGCGAGUUCACUCACCAGUCCCGGUCACGCAGGAGCCCACAGCCGCUGUCCCUAGCGCACAUCUCUGAGAUCGCGGAGGGUGAGGAGGAGGCGGAGGAGGCGGCGCUCCGGCCCAGACUCCGCAGGUCCUUCUCCAAACGCGGCCGGAGGAGCAUCUCCGAUCUGGUGGAGACCAGCGUGACCCAGCUGCGGGUCAACAUCAGGAAGGGUCAGGACGGAAGUGAACAGGGUCCGUUGACUGGUGAAUCCGAGCUGACGUCACCCACCUGGCCUGAUGACGUCAUUCCCAGACGACGCUCGUCCGUGAACGAGGUGGGACUGUUCCGCCACAUCUCCCCCGCCCCCGGGCAGCCGGGUGGGGGGAGGAGACGCCUGUCCAUCUCUCCCAUGGAGGGGAGAACUAUAUACAGAGUAAACAGCCUAGAGAAGAGUCCCCUGGACCGCGGCCCCAGACAGCGCUCGGGGAGCGUGUUCGUGGCCGGCGGCAGGAGAGCCUCCGUGUUCCGCGCCUUCAACUUCAACAAACCCGACCCCGAGGAGGAACGGCUUAAGAACAUCAGACCCGGCUUCAAGGGAGUCGAACUUUUCCGCAAAGCUGUGCAGACAGUGCGCAUGCUCAGACGGAUCCUGUCUACGAAGGAGGUGUCAGAGGGUAUCAAGCAGCUGGAGAAAGGGCACAAGGACGAGCCGGGAGAGAGUUCGGGCUCCCCGUUCGUCAUGUUCGCUGACUCGGUGGGAACGGAGGACACCAAGGCCACGUCAGACCCCGGACUCUCCUUCGAUCCCAAGAUAUACAAGGCCAAGAAAGAGGUUACUCUGAGCUCAGAAGCCAAACGUGUGCUGAAGUCGCGUGGGGACGAGAGGACGCCGGAGGGCCUGCAGACCGCCCUGUACGGGCUCCAGACUAUCCCGGCCUUCGCGGAGUACCCGCUGCACAUGCAGGAGAAGAUAUGCAAGGAGGCCUGGCUGGAAGAGAUUCCCGCCAAGCGAGUCAUCAUCCGACAGGGGCACUUCGCCGAGAACUUCUACUUCCUUAUCACCGGAAACGUUAUCGUUGACAUCAUGGACUUCGACCCAGAGGAGGACAACGCCCAGACCCGCCACGUGGCCGUGCUGAGGAAGGGAACAGCUUCGGGGAAAUGGCGUUUUUCCGGAACAAGCGGCGGACAGCCACGGUCAUCAGCCAGACUCCUGUCCAGCUAUUGGUCAUCAGCGCUAACGACUUCUAUGAGAUGUUCCUCCCAGCGUACCGGAUGGGGGAGGAGGAACCCGAACACGUCAAGUUCCUCAGACAGGUGGAGUUUCUUGAAAACUGGCCACUGGAAAACCUGAUUGCAAAUCCUGACAUCUGCAUGUUUCAAUACUUCACGAGAGGGAAGGUCAUCGUUAAGAACAGCAGCCAAUCAGAAUGGAUCUACAUCAUCAAAUCGGGGACGUGCCAGGUGCUGAAGCAGCUGAGACCAGUGCGGCCGUGUCUGAGGGGAAAACCGCUCGUGUUCGAUGGUGAC